UCAAAGAAAAAAGGAAUGAAGAGAUAAAACAGAAGCAGAUUGAUUUCAUAUUCACUGUGGACCGACUGAGACGUGCCAUACAGACGUGCCAGAAAAGUAAACAAACAGGAGUUUUGGCCGUUGUUACCUGUGGGAAGUUUUUCACAUCUGUCUACAACAUGCCUCUGACCGUAUCUCAGAGUGAGGGUUUGGCGGUCAUCACCGUCACCUCAAACCCGAAGAGUAAAUGGCCCAUUCUGUGCCAGAUUCUGGGUUAUCUGUGCUACACUCCACUGUGUUCUGUGUCUCGGAUGAUGAUCGGAAAGCUGGAGAGCGUCCACAUUGGUCUUGGGAUUGUGCAGAUGAUCAUUGGCGUCAUCAAUAUUGCAAUGGGGAUUUUGUUCAUGUGCCUUGGAUAUUAUUUUAACAUGUACCUCAUAGCCUUCGGACCCUUUUGGAUUGGUAGUGUGGUCAUUGUAGUUGGCAUUGUGUGUGUUCUGGCAGCGAAGUUUCCUUCCUCUUGUCUGCUGAUGAUAGGAAUGUUAAUGAACGUUGUCAGCGCUGCACUGGGCAUCACAGCUAUUGUGCUGUAUUCACUUGACCUUUCAUUUGGACAUUGGCGACACUGGACAUGUGAGAGCUAUGAUAGUAAUUAUUACUAUUCAAGCUACGACCGUUACAGAACGCCUACCCCUGAAGAGAGUAUGAAACUGGAGAUGUGUCAGUACUACAACAAUCUCCUCAGCAUGAUCUGCGGAGGUCUGGAUAUCAUGAUGAUCGUGCUGUCGGUGCUUCAGCUCUGCGUGACCAUCAGUCUCUGUGUUCUGACUGGGAAAACUUUGUGCAAGAAUACUGAGGAUGCUGAGGAGGAUCCAGAUCUUAAAAAGCCACUUCUGGACGAUGACGCUGUUGGUGCUGCAUGAAAAGACAAACACUGAAAAUAAUCAUAGUUCCCAGCAAACAAUUUUGUGUUUCAUAGUCGUCUAAUAGACAUCUAAACGUACACAGCUUGGCUGAAACAAGGCUAAACUUGUGCUGUCAAUGAAAAUCAAGAAGAAGAAUAGCCCAAAACUAGACUAGACUCAAAUAGACAGAUUAUAUAGACUAUAUAGACAGACUUUAUGUCUGUAGCCAUACAUUUCUGUUUAUUUGAUGACUAGUCUAGUUUUGGCCUAUUCUUAGAUGUCUAUUAGAUGUUCACUGACAUCCCAAGUUUAGCCAUGUCUUAGUCGAGAUGUCGUGAUGUCUAUUAGACAUCUAUUAGACAUCUUUUAAAACAAAAAAUGCUUGCUGGGUUAUUUUUUUUGCUUGCAAUAGAAUGGCAUGUUGUACUAAAAUACAUUAAAUCAGAUUUCUUCUUUUUGAUCUGAAAAACUGUACUGAUAAAUGACCUUAAUUACACAUAUUUUACUUUUAUUAAAGUGGUGUUACUUUUAAUACUAAUACUAAUCCAAUUUUAGAGCAAUAUUUUGGGAUGCUUUCAUAUUAUAAUAAAAAUUAAAUGGCUUGGACGAAA